UGAUUAUAUUUUGGAGAAAGGAUCAAACAAUUAGCCUGUUUCUUUCUUCUUUAUGGGUCUUCCCUCUCGGUAGAGUGCAUUGUGGCCCUUCUGGUCUCACUCCAUGUGAAACACAACACCACCAGGCGCAUAUUAGCAAUUUAGCACCAACCUUCAUUCUCUUCUCAUUCUUCUAUAUAAAGCUGCUGGUUUAUAGUUUCGGAGUCGGUUCACAGGACUCGGAAGUCAUCGUCACCGCGACUCACUGGUGCGCACGUGCUCUAAAGCUCGCUCACAGCUUUCGUGGAAGUGCCUUAGAUCCGCUCUUCCUCGCUGUUUGAUGAACCCUCAAUAAAGAGAAACCGAAUCAAGCACUAAAACUGAUCUGCCACGGUUUAUCGACCAAACACGCCAGGCAGUUUUUUCGUUCAUCGCUUCACCCUUGACAUUUAACAAGACACUGAAGUAUCCAAAUCUGUUUUCAGAUUUUGUGAGGUUAGCUGAAAAUGACUACUAAGUUUGAUUCCUGAAAACAUCAAGGAAAGCAAAGGAGUAGAAAAGAAAACAAGAAAAAUGUGAUUUAUGUUGUUCAACUUUGCGGAAACGGAAAAACUUAUCGCAAUUGAGUUAUAUAGUUCUAUUAAGAUCUGUUUCUCUGAGGUUUUUUUUUUUCCACUUUUUCUGAGCAACGAACUUAGCUUAGUUGUCCGGUUUCUAAAAAAGCACAAGAAUUUAUCAUGUGAUUAUUAAUAGGUUCAGUUUGGAUUGGUUGUUGUUAAUUUUGUUUGAAUUAAUGGGAUAACAUGGAAAUUGAAAGCCUAAUGUUAUGGUGAAAGGCAUUGACGUGCCCUUGUAAUUGUUGGCGUUUAAUGUGGUGCAACAUUGAUUCCAGAGAUCUCCGAAUUAGGAAAUUGGAGGAAGGCUAGUCACAAUUGGGCAUGUGGGGACGUCAAGGUGAAGCUUCCGUGACAUACAAGCGUGUGUCAUCAAGAGAUAAUACGAAAGUUGACAUGGAGGAAAGUUCAGCUCUUUUCCAGAACGGUAUGGGGCAAGAAAUCACAAAUCCUUCAUGGAAGCUCUCACUCCCGCACAUAAUUGUGGCAACCAUAUCUUCAUUCUUGUUCGGUUACCAUCUUGGGGUAGUGAAUGAACCCCUUGAAACAAUUGCUUUAGAUCUUGGUUUUAGUGGGAAUACUUUGGCAGAAGGUCUGGUGGUUAGCACGUGCCUGGGUGGUGCGUUUAUCGGUUCUCUAUUUAGUGGUUGGAUUGCAGAUGGGAUAGGGCGUCGAAGGGCUUUUCAAUUAUGUGCUCUGCCUAUGAUUAUUGGUGCUUCUGUGAGUGCAACAACCAAAAGUUUGGAAGGUAUGCUCAUAGGAAGGUUUCUAGUUGGAACUGGAAUGGGUGUGGGCCCCCCUGUAGCUUCUCUCUAUGUGACAGAGGUUUCUCCUGCAUUUGUAAGGGGUACUUAUGGCAGCUUCAUUCAGCUUGCUACGUGCCUUGGCCUCAUGGGGGCUCUGUUUAUUGGAAUCCCUGUCAAGGCAAUUAUUGGAUGGUGGCGCAUUUGUUUUUGGAUAGCUACAGUUCCAGCUGGAAUACUUGCUUUUGCCAUGAUGUUCUGUGCAGAGAGUCCACACUGGCUAUACAAGAAAGGAAGAAUUGCUGAAGCUGAAGCUGAAUUUGAGAAGCUUUUAGGAGGAUCACAUGUCAAAUUUGCAAUGGCAGACUUGCACAAAUCUGACAGAGGAGAUGAGACAGAUGCUGUGAAGCUCUCAGAAUUGCUUUAUGGGCGUCAUUUCAGAGUUGUUUUUAUUGGAUCAACCCUAUUUGCUUUACAACAGCUAUCUGGUAUAAACGCUGUUUUUUAUUUCUCUUCCACUGUAUUUAAAAGCGCGGGAGUGCCAUCGGACCUCGCAAAUGUGUUUGUGGGAAUUGCAAAUUUGUCAGGAUCUAUUACUGCAAUGAUUUUGAUGGAUAAACUAGGGAGGAAGGCCCUCCUUGUUUGGAGCUUCUUUGGCAUGGCAGUAGCAAUGUCUGUACAAGUAGCUGGUGCGAGUUCUUUUAUAUCAGGAUCUGGAGCUGUGUUCCUAUCUGUCAGUGGCAUGCUUCUGUUUGUCUUAACAUUUGCUCUGGGGGCUGGCCCAGUUCCAGGUCUUCUCCUACCAGAAAUUUUCCCAAACCGAAUAAGGGCAAAAGCUAUGGCAGUCUGUAUGUCUGUGCAUUGGGUGAUAAAUUUCUUUGUGGGCUUGCUCUUCCUGCCUUUGCUGGAGCAACUUGGACCACAGCUCUUGUACUCUAUGUUUUGUACCUUUUGCUUGAUGGCAGUGGUUUUUGUGAAGAGAAAUGUGGUGGAAACCAAAGGGAGAUCACUCCAAGAAAUAGAGAUAGCACUUCUUCCACAAGAAUAAAGGCAUUCUUUUCCUGGGAGAGUGGAAAUUAGGGCAAGGCAAGGUAAAGACUUCAUCCAGCUUAGCAUCAGGGCCAGUGCUUUGGUAGGAAAUUGUACUAGAUGGAGGCAUAUCUUGUCAGGUUUUGACUCGUUGAGGCCUAUGUAUAUUCUCGGCGGGAAGAUUUUCCUCCUCUUCAAUCUGAGCAAGUGUUACGGAUCCAAAUAACUUUAUAGUGGUUUUCCUAGCAUGUUUUUCAUGUGUAUCAUUUCCUUAUCACGUAAUGUUGACAAACAUUUCAUUAUACCUUUCCUCGUCCUUUGUAUCCAUGUGCUUGAACGGUUAAUAAAAGAUGAGCCUCCGGCUAGCCAGUUUACAAUGGCCUAUGAUUUGUGAUAACGACCGUCUGUUGUGAACUGGUCAUGGUGGAGGCUUGCUGGCUUUCUUUUAUUUA